UAUAAACCCUUUUGUCCCUCACAAUAUCCAAGGCAAGGCAAACCCUUCCCCAAAACAUGAGUUCCGUACAAGACAGCAAGGUCCCCACCCUUUCGUCCGUCGGCUUUAUCGGCGCCGGGAAGAUGGCGACGGCAAUCAUGGAUGGACUAGUUGCCAAAUCGGUGGUAUCCACGCCUGAAUCUAUUGCUUGCUCCGACGUCUUUGAAAUGGCUGUCACGGAUGCCUCCAAAAAAGGAUAUCAUGCAACCAAAUCAAAUCAAGAGGUCUGCCAACGUUCAAAAGAUGCCAUUAUUCUAGCCGUCAAGCCCAACAUUAUUCCUGACAUUUGUGCGGAUGUCAUGGAUGCUGGUGGUAGCGCACUGAUCAUUAGUGUCGCUGCUGGUGUAACGCUGGAAACUCUGGAGAAGAAUCUCCCUGGUCGUCGUGUGGUGCGGGUCAUGCCCAACACCGCUUGUUUGGUCGGCGAAGCGGCGUCCGGGUACGCCAUGGGAUCCUUGUGCAAUGCGGACGAUAACAAGAUUGUACAGUUGAUCUUUGGUUCCUGUGGUCUGGCCCGCGAAUUUAAGGAAGUCUUGCUGAACGCCGUAACUGGAGUUUCCGGCAGUGGGCCGGCGUACGUCUUUCAGUUCAUUGAGGCGUUGGCUGAUGGCGGCGUGCGGGCUGGUUUGCCUCGCGAAGACGCUGUUCUUCUGGCUGCUCAGACUUUGAAGGGAGCAGCAGAAAUGGUUCUGGUGACCGGCAUGCAUCCGGGCCAGCUCAAAGACAUGGUCUGUUCGCCGGGAGGAACCACGAUUACCGGUGUCGACGAGUUGGAAAAAGGAGGAUUACGGACGACUGUCAUGCAAGCUGUCAAGGCUGCGACUCGACGCAGUAUGCAGCUAGGCGGCAUUACCGAAGAGGAAAUCACCACGAAAUACAACCUUUAAAGAAGCACGAUGUUAUACGCCUACAGAACUAUUACUCUCAAUGCGAAAGAAAGUCCUACUUGCUCUUCAUGAAUGAUAGCAGAACAUUGAGGACUGCUGUAACUCUCUAGUUAACAUCAGAUGUAAACACAAAAAUGUGCGAUG